AUGCAGGAAAUAUUAACAUCAAUGGGACUAUUUACAGUUCUGCAACAUUGCCAUUGGCAUACACCCUCUGAGCAUACAUUCAAUGGUACAAGUGCAAAGGAUUAUGAUUCCUUCUCGGUGGAUGGCUCUGUUAUUUCUAUUGAUGCUCUGAAACAGAAAAUUGUUGAAUUAAAGUAUAAAUCUAAAUCCAACAGCUUGUGUUUGGGUACUGAUUUGGACCUCGUGGUCGUUAAUGCCCAGACGAAUGAUUGUUAUGCUGAUCAUAUGCUGAUCCCUAACAAUACUAGGGUUCUCAUUCGUCGUGUUCCUGGAUCACGGCGUCGCAAGCCCAUCGACAAUACAACUAUUGUUGUUAGUGAAAAGCAAUGGCCACUUAGUUCCUCUUAUUGUACUGGUUCUAAUUCUUCCAAGAUUAGCUCUGAAACUGCUGUUACUGCUUCAUCCAGAAGCAACCCUGCAAAUACUGGUGUUAGUUCUGUUUGUUCAAGUACUGUCCCUAGUUUGUCCACAACAAAACCCAGUGGGGAUAAUGGAUUUCGAUGUGACGAUGGGUUUGGGGAUGAUGUAUUUGUGAUUCCUAGAAAGAAGCCAGUUCAGCAUGGCAAGUCAAUUGUAGAUGCAAAAUCUGAUCAGGACAGCAAUAUUAAGACUUUAGUCAAUACUCCAGCCUUGGACUGGCGGCUGGAAGGUUCAAAUGGUGUGAAAAAUGGUAGGGGAUUUGGUGGAUUGGCGAAGAAAAUACCACCAGAGGGUUAUGUAUGUCACAGAUGUAAGGUACGAGGACAUUUUAUUCAGGACUGCCCAACAAAUGGAGAUCCAAAUUAUGAUUGCAAAAGAUUGAGGCCUCCUACUGGAAUUCCCAGGUCGAUGCUGAUGCCAAACCCAGAUGGCUCUUAUGUGCUGUCAAGUGGCGCAACUGCUGUUUUGCAGCCAAAUGAUCAUGCUUUUGAGAAGGAAGUUUUUGGCUUCUUGCCUUCAAAGAGAUCCUGGUCUGUUAGUGAUCUUCCACCAGAACUUCUCUGCCCCUUGUGCAAGCAAGUAAUCAAGGAUGCUGUCUUGACUAGCAAAUGUUGUUUCAAGAGCUUUUGUGAUAAGUGUAUCAGGGUCCAUCUAAUCACCUCUAAGUUGAAAUGUGUUUGUGGGGCAACAAAUAUCCUUACUGAUUAUCUGAUUCCAAACAUGACACUUAGGGACACAAUUAAUUGCAUUUUGAAAUCUGGUCCCUGUUACAGCAGCAGUGGUGAAAAUGCCAAAAGAAACUCUUUCCAAGAUAAGGAUAUGGAAUUGGCUCACUGUUUAGAACCUCACAUCUCUACAACAAAACCAUCUGCGGAAUCAUUUCAGGAACAGCAUAAGCCAUCACCUGGUGAUGUAGAAGAUGGGGCAAAUAAAAGAAAACAUAUUGACGCUCCACACCAGACAACUAAGAAAGCUAGAACCACAGGAGCAACUGAUGUAUCUGAAGAUACUAUUGGGCCAAUGAGAAUGAAAGAUACAGCAUCACAAGGAGGUGUCAUGGGGGUUGAGGAAAAAGUGCAGCAAAAGGAGAUUUCCAGUGAGGUAGAGAAGAAAAAGGACGAGAGAGAAGUGAGAGAAAGAAGUCAAGAUGUUGAGACUGAGAGCUAUAUGAUGCCUAUUGGUUCUUAUGCAUACAAUCCAUACUGGGUUGGUGCGCAGGUAGGGUUGGAAGGAUAUAUGGCACCUUAUUAUGCUGCUGGUGCGAUGAUCUAUGGAUUGAGCUCCUUUGGAACAUCAUUCAAUGGUCUGAUGAAUCAAUACAAUUUUAGUAUGCAGUGA